AUGCCUGAAUGGAAUGGUGAAUUGAUUGGUCAGCUGGGGGGUGCGGGGCCCCAUCUGGAGAGAUGGAGGGUGGUGGUGGGAGAGAGUGAGGUAGGAGAAGUGAUAAGUUCUCCUCCAGGUGACUGGUGCUGGGACUAUGAACCCCGAGACCCUGCUUUCACCCAGGUGCUUGCCAAGCCUGCUUUGUGUGUGCUGCUCCUGGCUAUCCUGGGCUCCGCUCUAGGGCGCGGCGGCAGGCGCAGGGACUGCAACGUUCCCGACGUGCUUCGACAUUACCGCGCUGUCAUCUUUGAGGAGUUACAGACUGUGAAAAACUUGACGGGCGCCGGGGCACUCAGGCGCCGGGGACGAGGGCGAGCAGGGGGAGCCUCCUGCCGGGCAGAAAAGGAGCACCGCAUCUUGAUGUCUAUCUCAUCCAUGGGACGCGCUCUGCGCAAGACAGUGGCAGGGACCGGGGCCGGACCUGGACGCCGCCGCGGAGCCCUGGAGAAGGCUGUGUGGACGGUGGCCAUGCACACUGAGGCAGUGACCCGAGAGUACUGCGGGACUCUGCAUCAGCGAAGCCAGAAGCGGCUGAGCCAGGAGUGGCAGGAGCGGAAGCGGGGUCCGGAGAUGGAGCCAGAGCUGAACCUGGAGCCGGCCCUUGCCCCGGGUCGGAGUCGGGGUCGGGGCCAGAGACGGCGUCUAUUGGGAGCCGUGGAACACUUGGCAGCCUGUUGGGAGAAAUUGUUCUCUCUGCGCUCCUUGGCUUCGGCCACUGGGAGCUACUAG